ACUAAUAUACAAUGUUUGUAAACAUAAAUAGAAUUUUAUUUUUUAUAGUAACUUAAAAAGCAUAAUGAAGAAACAAUAUCAUAUCAUAAAAUGAAGUAUGUAAAGAGAAAUAACUUCAAUCAAUUAGAUUUUUAAAUAACCAUCCAUCUUUGAUUAAAAAGUUUGUCAAAUCAGUAAUCUUAAGAAAGAACAAAGAAAUUAUCAUAAUGGAAAACGAACAUUUGUCAUCGACAGAAAUUUCAACAGAUUGUUCGAGCAAUUCGGACAGCAUACAAAAUGUUGAUAAUCAAUGCAAAGAAAUAUUGGAUGAAGAACAGGGUAAAAAAGAUUUAGCAGAAGCUGAUUUAACAUUAGAUCUUGGAAGUGUGUUACCAAACUAUGACCGCGUUUCUGAAAACGAUGAUUCUUUAGAGAAACUUUCGGCUGUUCUCGAACAGCCAGAAGACUCUGUGAUUUUAGAAGGUACACAAUUAGCAGAGGAUGAUCAAGAUGAUAAAGAUUUAAAUUGUAUUCUUCGGGAACGCAUAGAGUCUCUUAGUGAAGUGAUGCAAAAUUUAAAACAAGAAUUAAAAAAGGAAAUAGAACUUUGGAAGAAGGAAAGAGAAGAAUUGCAACUCUUACGUGAAAAAGACGAUGAAUUGGCUUUGGAAGAAGCAACUGCAGCUGCACGUGCAGCUGCAGCAGCUUAUGCAGCUGAAUCACCAUUGUCUAACAAUUUAGAUAUUACUUCUGAGGAUACGUUUAGAGAAUUGACAAUACUUGAAUACGAAAAAAGGUUAGCUAAAUAUCAAGAUGAAUAUUCCUUUAGCCAAGCAGAGAAACGUUACAAUGCUCGAUGGAAAAUGGUUGCAAACGCAUACAAACAAAAAUUGAUGGAAGUAGAACGACUUUGUAACGAAGAAUUGGAAAAGGUUAAAAAAAAUGUGAAUCAUUUGCAACCACUUAAAGAAAUGAUAUCUCAAUGGUAUACUGACGAAGAAAAUCAUGGCGAUUCAAUCAAAAGAACUGAUUUUGUUGCAAAUACACAAAAAAUCAAUGCUUUCAAUGAAAAUAAUACGCGUAAUAGUCACAUAUUUCAAAAGAUCGAUGCAGAAGUCAAUAUGGCGCCAGAAAUAUUCGUUGCUCGAUUUAAAUCCGAUGAUUUUACAAAAAUGGAUAAAUUUUAUGGAUAAUUAUAUUUUUUUUUCAUAUCUAUUGAAAUAUUAUAUUUUCACUAUAUAUUUAAUA